UGACCUCACAGUUAAUCUGCAUGAGUUAAUCAGGCAGAGCCUCUAGUGAGUGAUUUUUUUUUUUUUUUAUUUCUUUUAAACAAACACACAACAGAACCACGGGAAGAGAGCACAGCCCUAUCUAAAAAGAAAGAAAUGAAAAGAGAGCAAAUAAAUAAACCUGAAAGGACGGAACCCCUGGGAGUUCCUGUGAGUGCAUAGGGCAUGAACGUGAGCGCCUUUCUGUUUCUCUCAUUUGCCUCCGUGUGCAUCUCUGGGUGUACCAUCCCCCUGCCUCAAUUAUAUUAUCCUCUCAGACUUGGAAGCUGCUGCCUGAGCUGAUGCUUUGAUGCUAUCUGCAAGCGUUUGUACUGAUCUUUAUUUCUGCCCCCUGAAUAUUAAUUUUCGAAGCUGGUAGCAAUACAUCUCCUGAGUGACGGGACCUACUAGAGGCAGGUGGGGGGAGCCAGCAUCAAAUCAUCAGCAUAAUAAUAAUACAAAGGGGAGGGAUUCUUCUGCAACCCAGAGGCGAGAGGCGAGUGGAAAAAAAAAAAAAAGCGAUGAGUUCGCCAAAUACAUGGAGCAUUGGAAGCACAGUCUACUCUCCAGUAUUUUCACAGAAAAUGACGCUGUGGAUUCUGCUCCUGCUAUCGCUCUACCCGGGCUUCACUAGUCAAAAAUCAGAUGAUGAUUAUGAAGACUAUGCUUCUAAUAAAACAUGGGUGUUGACUCCAAAAGUCCCCGAGGGCGAUGUCACUGUCAUCUUAAACAACCUGCUGGAAGGGUAUGACAACAAACUUCGCCCUGAUAUAGGAGUGAAACCAACGUUAAUUCACACAGAUAUGUAUGUGAACAGCAUUGGUCCAGUGAAUGCUAUCAAUAUGGAAUAUACAAUUGACAUUUUUUUUGCCCAAACCUGGUAUGACAGACGUUUGAAAUUUAACAGUACCAUUAAAGUUCUCCGGUUGAAUAGCAAUAUGGUGGGGAAAAUCUGGAUUCCAGACACCUUCUUCAGGAACUCCAAAAAGGCUGACGCUCACUGGAUCACCACUCCCAACAGGAUGCUGAGAAUUUGGAAUGAUGGUCGAGUUCUCUACACCUUAAGGCUGACAAUUGAUGCUGAGUGUCAGUUGCAAUUACACAACUUCCCAAUGGAUGAACACUCCUGCCCCCUGGAGUUCUCCAGUUAUGGUUAUCCACGUGAAGAAAUUGUUUAUCAGUGGAAGCGCAGUUCUGUUGAAGUGGGUGACACGAGAUCUUGGAGGCUCUAUCAGUUUUCAUUUGUUGGAUUGAGGAAUACCACUGAAGUAGUGAAGACAACUUCUGGAGACUACGUGGUCAUGUCUGUGUACUUCGAUCUGAGCAGAAGAAUGGGGUAUUUUACCAUCCAGACCUACAUCCCCUGCACGCUCAUUGUAGUCCUAUCCUGGGUGUCCUUCUGGAUCAAUAAGGAUGCCGUUCCUGCCAGAACAUCUCUAGGAAUCACCACUGUCCUGACCAUGACCACCCUCAGCACCAUAGCCCGAAAAUCUCUGCCCAAGGUCUCUUAUGUCACAGCAAUGGAUCUCUUUGUAUCUGUUUGCUUCAUCUUUGUGUUUUCUGCUCUGGUGGAGUACGGCACCCUGCAUUAUUUUGUCAGCAACCGGAAACCAAGCAAGGAUAAAGACAAAAAGAAGAAAAACCCUCUUCUUCGGAUGUUUUCCUUCAAGGCCCCUACCAUUGAUAUCCGUCCCAGAUCAGCAACCAUCCAAAUGAACAAUGCCACACACCUUCAAGAGAGGGAUGAAGAAUAUGGCUACGAGUGCCUGGAUGGCAAGGACUGUGCCAGUUUCUUCUGCUGUUUUGAAGAUUGCCGAACAGGAGCCUGGAGACAUGGGAGGAUACAUAUUCGAAUUGCCAAAAUGGACUCCUAUGCUCGGAUUUUCUUCCCCACCGCCUUCUGCUUGUUCAAUCUGGUUUACUGGGUCUCCUACCUUUAUCUGUGAGGAGGUUUGGGUUUUACUGAUAGGAGUCUUAUUCACUGAAUCUCAUGGAGAGAAAAAUGUCCUUUCUAAGUCCAAUGAAGUAAUCCCCUACGUGGUCACUGAAUUUGUUUCUCUGUCUCAACCUAGUAAUGUGUAUAAUGUCAUACUAUCCGUGCCCAACUCUCCUUUAAUUUGAGUUUCAGUGUGCACUGUCUUUCAAACCUGCAAGGCAAAGUAGAGUUAGAGCAAGAAUUGUUACACCAGGCAAGAUAACUUUGAGCAACAGCAACGAAACAGUGAAAGCCGUGAGUGUUUAAAUUGGUGAUAUCAGUCUUUGAUUCAAAUAUAGUUUAUUACAAAAAGUAUAAAGCUUUGUGCUAUGUCCAUUUGAGUCAAGUUGUGGUAAAUUCGAACAAAUUAGAAUACCUCCCUUAUUUGUGAAGAAUCACAAUAGAAAAGGCUAGAUUAGAACUCUAUUAUAUCUUUAUUCCAAGGUAGGGAGAACAUUUCCUUCAUAUCAUAUGUACAAUGAUGUAAAUAUUUCAGUAAUGUAGAAUGCUUCAAGUUUAAUGCAUGCAGAACUUUAGAGCCAAAAUAAAUGAACUGAUGUUACCAUCAUAUAGUAUUGUCUUUUAUUUUUUUUUCCUUUCGGCUAUAAAAUAAUAUAUUAAUAUAACUACAAGGAUUUGGGCUUGAAAUUGGAGGGGUCUUCACUGCCUUCCCCUUCAUGCAUGAAAAUUCUGGUUUUAAAAUUAUGUUUGUCUUGUAUGACAUUAAAACAGUUUGAGUAAAACUCAGGCUGAUUGACAUUUGACAGCUCUAAAUAUGCCCAACUUCAUCACUUGCAUAUAAAAUAAAUGUAUGUGCUUGCUGAUGUUUUUUACCUUCCUGUGAAGAUGUGAGUUCUGAACAGAACUUGCUCUCUAUCUCAAUAUCGGCUUCUAGUGACUGAGAAUGCCUUGUGGGCAGAGUCCUUGUCGUUUCUUCUUUAGGUUCUUAAAGUCUCGUAUUGUGCCUGGCAUAUCGUCAGUGCUCAAUAAACACGGCUAGAAGAGACACACCUUCUUGUAGAUUGGUGAAUCCUUUUCUGACCCAGAACAAGCGAUUCAUCUUUUCACAUUGCUGUUGGCAAGUGAUGCUUUAUCUAUAGAAAUAACAAGAGAAUCUGAAGAACUGUAGCUCAUAUGUUCAUCUUUAAAAAUCUGUUUUAGGUGAAGUGUAUUUAUUUUAAGACAAUAUCCAUUUCCUACACCUAUGUAUGCAGUUGAUGACUUGAGCAUAGUUGUUUGAUUACCCAUUUUUUAAAGAAUUAAUUUAAUCUGUUAAAAAUUAUGCUUGUGAACCUAUGAAAGUAUGAGCAACAUUCAUACCUGAUUGGUGUACAGUAUGCUUGGAAACGAUGCAUUGAAGGUUAAGUUAAAAACUGAAACAACAUUGAGUGACUUGCACGGAGGACAUUGAACCUCUGAAGGAGGGCUCAUUUUGCUCGACAGUAAUUAAAUGGAGUGAUUGCCUGCCUUCAGACAUAAUGCAUUGUAGCUCAAUGUGAUCAUCCUGAAUCCUUAUUUUUCUAAAAUAUUACCCUGUGAUUAGCUCUUCUUUAAGAAAAAUAUUGAUUUAAAUCAAAGCUAAAUCAUAGUUAGAAUAACUUUAUAGACAAUAAAAAGGCAAUUAAAGGGAGUGUCUUUGUUAAUAGAAAACCACAUGAAGUCAUUAUAAUUCAUCUGGAUGAAUCUUGAAAACAUUCAGCUACUGGUUAAAAAAACCUUGAUUAUGUACCAGUGCUUCAGCUUAUAACCUCAAACAGUUGUAAAUAGAUGAUUAUUUUCACAUUUUGAAUUGUCCUAAUAGUCAAAGUUGACUCUUUGGGAGAGUUGUUGGCAAAUUUCAAUUGUGAAAAACGUGGUAUUAUUGUCAACUUGGAAUGUGUUCUGCAGUGGGGACACUGAAAAAAAUGAAGCUAGCAUUGCAACAUGUGUAACAAUCGCAAUAUGCUUAUAUAUAUAUAUUACAUCAUCCAAUUCUUAAUCAUCAGCUGCUCCCUGUCUAUGUAUUUGCAAACCUUUUCACAAGAGAAUUGCCAAACAUACGAACUUUUACAAUAAAAAUGCUGCAUUCUAACCCAUGGUGGCA